AUGCGAGAGCCAGGGCACUCGAUAGAAAACUGUACCACUUUCAAGAAGCUAGUUGAAAGACUCAUCAACAUGGGCAUCGUGAAAUUUGAUGAUACACCUAGUGCAGAAAACCCAUUACCGAAUCAUGGGGAUAAGGGUAUAAAUGCCAUAAUCGAGAGUUCAGGGAAGGAAAUUAAGAUGAAUGUUGCAGAAGUAAAUACCCCGUUGAAAGAAGUAUGGAAGAAAAUGGGGGAAAGAGGUUUGAUGGCGCAGAAUUCGGGGGUUAAGCCUCGAGAAGCGAAGAAUUAUUGUGAGUUCCACGAUCAAGAGGACCAUGAGAUCCAGAAAUGCAGCCAAUUCAGGGCUUUAGUACAAGGAUUGAUGGAUAAUAAGGAGCUGGAAUUCUUCGAAUAUGUCAGGAACCAGGAAGAAGCAGAUGUAUGUGCCUCCGAAGAAGGGUCGACGAGAAGUGCUUGCGAAAUCAACCACCCAUUGGUUAUCAUAUCACGCUUAAGAACUAAUGAAGAUGGGACCCAAGUCGCACCCAAAGUCGUGAUCCAGAAGCCCGUUGCUUUCCCUUAUAAAAAUAGCAAGAGGGUACCAUGGAAUUACAGCUGCAAUGUGACGAUCCCAGGAAAGAAGAGCCCGGCCAGUGCUUCACAAGAAAACCAAGAUGUAGGUUUUUUUACACGCAGUGGGAGACGUUAUGUUCCCGAAGGCACAGGAACCAAAAUUGCCAAAGAAAAGGUCCCGACAGUAGAGCAAAGGAAAGAAAAGAUGGUCGAGUUCGAAUCGCCAGUUAAUGAGUCAGUAACCGAGAAUGAAGCCAGGGAAUUCUUAAAAUUUUUAAAACACAGUGAGUACAGCGUCGUUCAACAGCUACAUAAGCAACCAGCUCGCAUUUCGGUGCUGGCCUUACUCUUGAGCUCAGAAACGCAUCGGAGCGCGUUAAUGAAAGUGCUGAACGAGACAUACGUCGCGCAUGACAUCUCUGUCAACAAACUAGACCGCCUGGUCAACAAUAUCAGCGCUGACAAUUUUAUUUUCUUUAACGACGACGAAAUACCACUAGGAGGCAUGGGGUCCACAAAGGCCCUGCACAUUACCACGCGUUGCAAGGGAUACACAUUACCGGGGGUACUGAUCGAUAAUGGAUCAGCACUAAACGUCUUACCCCUAUCCACACUGAAUAGGUUGCCCGUGGAUAGUUCCCAUAUGAAGACAUGCCAAAAUGUAGUAAGGGCGUUUGACGGUACUGAAAGAAACGUAAUGGGGAGGAUUGAAUUACCCCUUCAAAUCGGUCCUAGCACGUACGAGAUAGACUUCUUAGUAAUGGACAUUAAACCCUCUUACAAUUGCCUAUUGGGAAGACCUUGGAUCCACUCGGCAGGGGCAGUGCCGUCAUCAUUACAUCAGAAGCUUAAACUUAUAACGGAAGGUCGAUUGGUGACCAUAAAUGCGGAGGAAGACAUCAUUGCAUCUGUUACCAGCAACGCACCAUAUGUUGGGACAGAUGAUGAAGCCAUAGAAUGGAGCCUUGCUGUGGAAAGGACUUGGAAGAAGCCUACAAGGAAGGGUCAAAGUACCUAUGCUCACGGACAAGCGGACCGCUUUGGCUUAGGAUUCAAGCCGGAUGCAAGACAAAAGAAAGAGGAGCAAGAGAAGAAAGCGAGAAAGGAGAAGAGCGCGUUUGAACGGGAAGAGGUUAAAUGGAAGCCAAUGACCUUUCCCCAUAUAUCCAGAACAUUUGUGUCAGGAGGAACUAUUUAUGCUGAAGGAAGAUUGGCAGGCCAAGAGUCCACCGAAGAAAUGAGGGAAAACUUCAGCAUUAAUGCCACGUUCGAAGGAGGAACUGGAGAAGAGGAUGGGACUGAUUCUUUUGUUCUUUGCAUCUUCCUUUCUGCCCAAAACAGGUCUCCAGAUAUCAACGAUGUGAGUGACCUUGCUAUUAAUUCGGAGUCUCCCUUUGAGCGCGAUAUGUGUCUAGAGGGAUCCGAGGAUUUUAGAGAUGACAGUGAUUGUAACUUAUCCCCUGAUUUGUCGAGGAUGGUAGAACGCAAGGAGAAACAGAUUCUACCCCACGAAGAGACCGUUAACAGCGCAAUCAUCGGCGGUGGGGCAUGA